GCGUGGAGCUGUUAAGAGCCCACAGAAGCUGGGUGUUCGUCUGUGCCUACGGCUCGUUUACUGUCGCCGUUUCACAUUUGUGAGCUUGGGGUCAAGUUUCCAGCCAUGUCUUCGUUCAGGAAAGCGUUGAAAUCGAAGCAGAAGAACCACCAAGAAAGGUCUCAGCCUGCAUUCAGGAAAAAUUUGGGACUGCUGGAAAAGAAGAAAGACUACAAACUCCGUGCAGAUGAUUACCACAAGAAACAGAACACGCUUUCUGCCCUGCGCAAGAAAGCCCUGGACAAGAAUCCAGAUGAGUUUUAUUUCAAGAUGAUCAACUCUCAGCUGCAGGACAGUGUGCACGUAGCGAAAAAGGCUAAAGAGGAUGUGGAGAUGACAGACGAACAGAAGAAGGUUAUGAGGACUCAGGAUAUCAAAUAUGUGGAGAUGAAAAGGGUGGCUGAGGCCAAGAAAAUCGAAAGGUUGAAAGCAGAGCUCCAUCUCCUGGAUGCUGACGGCAAACAGAAAAACAAACACACCUUCUUUGUGGACUCCAAGAAAGAAGUGCAGUCGUUUGACCUGGCAAAGCAGCUGAACACAGCUCCUGAGUUAGUGCACCGUGUGUACAACAGACCCACCUUGCAAACACUGGAGACCAAGAGCAUCCGAGGAGCUGUGCAACAGUCCAACAUAAAGAAGAUGGCCAAGCAGAGGAAGCACCAGUAUAAGAUUCUCUCCCAGAGGAUUGACAGGGAAAAGAAGAUGUUUGUCAUCAGCCAGAAGAUCCAGACUCGGAAAGACCUACAGGACAAGUCCAAGAAAGUAAAAGUACACAAGGAGACAACAUCCACUGCAGCCAUCUACAAGUUUGAGGGCAAGAGGAAGCGCUAACUGAAGUAGUCAUUCUCACACCAAGACAUCAUCGCCAUCAACAGCUGGUUCCUGUCACUCGUGGACCGAUGGGCUGUGUGGAAAAGACUGGACUGUGUUGGUCUUACUGCAUGACUUUCUCCGAUGGCUGAAACACAACAACAACGUUUUGUUCUCUUCAGUUUUUUGUGUUUUUUUUCUCCAGUCAUGCAGUGUUCUGUACAUAAAGAAUUUCAGUUUUAAACUUGGAACGAUCGGUGAAAUUCUUG